AUGCGGAUGCUUCACACGCAUCCGACAGGCAAACAAGGAAGGGAGCAUACGGUCGACUGGUACCCGUGGGGGGAGGAGGCGUUUACAAAGGCGCGGGAGGAGGGGAAGCUGAUAUUCCUAUCAGUGGGCUACUCCACGUGUCACUGGUGCCACGUCAUGGAGGUGGAGUCCUUUGAGCGUGCUGACGUGGCGGACGUCAUGAACGAGGGCUUCGUGAACAUCAAGGUCGACAGGGAGGAACGCCCUGAUGUGGACAAGGUCUACAUGACAUACGUGCAGGCCACACAGGGCGGGGGGGGCUGGCCCAUGUCCGUCUUCCUCACGCCCUCGCUGCACCCCGUCUUUGGGGGAACUUACUUCCCUCCGGACGACAAAUAUGGCCGCAUCGGCUUCAAGUCACUCCUCGGGCGAGUCCGCUCCGUGUGGGAGCAGCGGCGCAGUGAGGUGCAGAGCGGUGCAGAGGACGCCAUGUCGCAGCUACAGGAGGCCAUGCAAGGGGGCGGAGGGGCGGUGGGUGUGGCGGGAAAGGGGAAGGGGAAGGCGGAGCAGCAGCAGGAGGGAAAACAGCAGGAGCAGCAGGAGGAGGAGCGGGUGUGGAAGCUUGCAGAGAAAGCAGUACAGCUGUGCUCAGAGCAACUAGCAUCGCGAUACGAUGAGGACUUGGGGGGCUCCACCUUUGUGCCCUCCACCAUGGGACCAGGGGCGCUACAGAUGGUGGAGCAUACACUGCAGUGUUGGGUACGAUGGUGGAGCAUACGUUGGAGUGCAUGGGGAGAGGGAGGAUGCAUGCACGACCACGUGGGAGGGGGCUUUCUCCGAUACUCCGUUGAUGAGUACUGGCAUGUCCCCCAUUUCGAGAAGAUGCUCUACGAUCAAGGCCAGCUCGCCAACGCCUAUCUCGACGCGUUCCUCGUCACGGGCCGCACGGAUUUCGCGCGCAUGGGGCGGGAUAUUUUGGACUAUGUGCGGCGGGACAUGACGCACGGGGAGGGCGGCAUCUACAGUGCUGAGGACGCUGACAGCCUGGCAGCUGUGGGGGACGAGAGGAAGAAGGAAGGGGCUUUCUACGUGUGGAGUGAGAAAGAGCACCAAGGGUGGAUGGACAUGACGCACGGGGAGGGCGGCAUCUACGGUGCCGAGGAUGCUGACAGCCUGGCGGCCGUUGGGGACGAGAGGAAGAAGGAAGGAGCGUUCUAUAUUGCGUCCAUCCUCGGCCCAUCCACCCCGCGCUGCCGUCUCUUCACCGCACUCUACACGGUACGCAAGGACGGCAACUGCGACCUCUCUCCGCGCUCUAACCCACGCAACCUCUUUUCUAUUUCCCCCUUCCUGUCUUUCACCCCAUCAAUGCAGAUUGCGUCCAUCCUCGGCCCAUCCACCCUGCGCUGCCGUCUCUUCACCGCACUCUACACAGUCCGCCAGGACGACAACUGCGACCUCUCACCCAUCUCCCCCCUCCCGCCUUCCACCCUUUCGUUGCAGAUUGCUUCUCUUCUUGGUGCUUCCACGCCUCGCUGCCGUCUCUUCACCACACUCUAUACGGUCCGCAAGGAUGGCAACUGCGACCUCUCUCCGCGCUCUAACCCACGCAACGAGUUUGCGGGUCUCAACUGUUUGAUCCAGCGCUGCUCAGUUUCAGACGCAGCGAAGCAGGCCGGAGUGGCAGAGGAAGAAGCCGAGAAGGUGAGAGCCUGGCUUGUUCUUGUACUGAACGGCUCUACUCUCUCCCCGCGCUCCGACCCGCACAACGAGUUCGCAGGGCUCAACUGUUUGAUUCAACGCUGCUCGCUUGCAGAGGCGGCUGAGAAAGUGGGUGCUGGUGUGGUCGGUGAGAUGGUGGGAGCAGGCGAGAGUGGGAACAGACGACCACGGCCGCACCUGGACGACAAGGUCAUAGUGGCGUGGAACGGUCUUAUGAUAUCUGCCUUCGCACGGGCAUCUCGUAUCCUCCAAUCAGAGCCUGCCACGUCAACCCACUACUUCCCCGACGACGGAUCCCCACCGUCAGUCUACCUCGCCUGCGCCGAACGGGCGACAAGUUUCGUCCGGUCCAAGCUGUACGACCGCGAAUCCAAGCGGCUCAGGAGAAGCUUCCGGGAAAGUGCGUCGGAGGUGGGGGGGUUUGCGGACGACUACGCCUUCCUGGUAGCUUCCUUGCUGGACCUGUUUGAAGCCUCGGGCGAUGCUGAUUGGCUGGCGUGGGCCAUGGAGCUACAGGAAACACAGGACCGCCUGUUCUGGGACGAGCAGCAGGGUGCCUAUUUCAACACAGCAGAAGGCGACCCCUCACUGCUGCUGCGCAUGAAGGAAGACUACGACGGGGCGGAGCCCGCUGCCAGCUUCUCUUCUUAUUCUUCCUCCCCUGCCCACUCAUCUUUACACCAGGACCGGCUUUUUUGGGACGAGCUUCAAGGAGCCUAUUUCAACACAGCAGAGGGCGACCCUUCACUGCUGCUGCGCAUGAAAGAGGAUUACGACGGGGCGGAGCCCGCUGCCAGCUCAGCAGCAGCUGCCAGCCUGGCACGCCUUGGAGCCAUGAUUGGUGGGGAGAGGGGCGUGGAGUACCGGAGGAAAGCAGCAAGAUGCGUGCGCCAGGUCAUUAUCGCCGGGCCGCGGGGCGCGCCUGAAACUGAGGCGCUCCUGAAUGCAGUCUUCUCCGUGUUUCAACCGAAUUGCACUAUCAUCCCAAUUGAUUUUGCCAACCAAUCAGAUGCUGCCUUCUGGCAGCAGCACAACCCACGUGCUCUGGCAAUGGCUGCCAAGGGCAUGAGUGACAGGUCGGCUGCCGCUGCCACUUCAGCAGCAGUGCCAGCUGGCGCCUUGUCAGGUGCCACGUCAGCAGCGUAUGUGUGCCAGAACAUGACUUGUCUGGCGCCAGUGUCUGAGACAGAGAAGCUGGUAUCCCUCCUGAAAGGAGGGGCUGCAGGGGGAUCCACUAGUGUGUCGUCUUUUACCUUGCCAGCUGGUUUUGGUGGAAGAGGAGCUGCUUAG